AGACCCACUCAAUGAUCAUAAGUCAUAACCCAUUCCAUCACUGCGUGGCAUCAUCAGCUGUGAUUCUCCCCUUCUUUCUCUCUUCUCAAAUUAGGGUUUCUCGGAUUUCCAAAACCCUAAUUCUUCAAUCUCUUCCCCCAAUCGUGUCCAAGCUUGCGUUUAUCGAAGCAUAGAUCGAGAUCUCCUCCUGGAUUUCACUCUGGAUUUACAGGUAUGGCUUCUGGGUCUCUAGUUGGUGGCGGCGGUGGUGGUGGUGAUGGAUCGCGAGAGAAGCACCGGUGGUCGGAGAGCAAGGUUUAUACCCGUAAAACUCACAACAAGAACCCUAAGACCACGAUUAUCAACACCAGCAACGCCAACAAUGGCAGUAACCCGAUUUCCUCACAGCAAACCCUAGCCACUGCUGACGACCUCAACUCGUCUCUCCAGCAACCUAUUCCUCCUCCCCUUCCGGUCGCUUCGUCUGCCCCUUCCGACGACGAUGCCUCCAGCCUCAACCAUGGUAACCACCGGUUCCACCCCCGCACCGUCACCAUUAGCGUCGCCUCUGGCUCCCGCCAUGAGGUCCGCGAGCUUCGCCGAAGACUCAGUGCCGAGCUCGAGCAGGUUCGCGCACUCUCUCGGAAGGUGGAGGCUCACGAGCUCCGUCUCGCCACCGUGUCUGCCCCCACGCACACACUUUCGCAGUUCUCUGCCAGUGAACCCUGCACUCCUGCCCCUUCUAAACGUCCCCCGCCUUCUUCGAACUCCGAGGCCGCCUCACUCCGCCGCCAUCUCUCCGUGGCCGUCCCACCGGGGGAGAACAGUGCCACCGAUACCUUUGAGAAGGAGAAGCGCACUCCUAAGGCUAAUCAGUAUUACCGCAACUCUGAUUUCAUCCUUGGCAAGGAGAAAAUCCCGCUACCUGAUUCCCAUAGCCACAAGAAGGCCAAAGCUAAUUCUAACAGGAAGGGGGAUGGGGAUUAUGGCCUCCCGAAUGUGGACAAGAAAGGUCUUACGCAGGUGUUCAAGAGUUGCAGUUCGUUGCUGUCCAAGCUGAUGAAGCACCAGCAUGGCUGGGUUUUUAACACCCCUGUGGAUGUUAAACGGCUUGGGCUUCAUGAUUACCACACCAUCAUCAAACAACCAAUGGAUCUUGGUACUAUUAAGAGCCGGCUCGCCAAGAACUGGUACAAGACACCGCGGGAGUUUGCGGAGGAUGUGAGGCUGACGUUCCAGAAUGCCAUGACUUACAAUCCCAAGGGGCAGGAUGUUCACAUUAUGGCAGAGCAGCUCUCACAGUUAUUUGAGGAGCGAUGGCUUGCCAUUGAGUCGGAGUAUUCCUAUCUUCUGCAUCCCCCGCCAGCCAAGAAAGUGCCCCGACCUCCUCCUCUUGAUGUGAGGACUCUGGAGAGAUCGGAUUCCACUGUGCAUCCUAUGGCAGAAUCAAAGACGAAACCUGUGAAUCAUACCCCUCAGUUUGGGCGGUCUCCAGCUUUGAAGAAGCCCAAGGCGAAGGAUUUGCAUAAGAGGGAUAUGACAUUUGAGGAGAAGCAGAGGUUGAGCAAUAAUUUGCAGAAUUUGCCUCCGGAAAAGCUAGACAACAUUGUGCAGAUUAUCAAGAAGAGAAACUCAGCCAUGAGCCAGCAUGAUGAUGAGAUUGAAGUAGAUAUUGAUAGCGUAGAUGUGGAGACUCUUUGGGAGCUUGAUAGAUUUGUGACUAAUUAUAAGAAGAGCCUGAGCAAGAACAAGAGGAAGGCAGAGCUUGCUAGUUUGGCUAGAGCCGAGGCAGGCCAUGCUGGCAGGGAAAGGAUACCAGAAACUUUGGCAGAGCCUGUUGCCGUGGAAGCACCAAAAGAAAAUAAAACAGUUGUAGAUGAAAAAGAUGUGUCUUCAUCAUCACCCAAUGGUAGGGAAAAGAAGGAUAAUGUUGCAAGUCAAUCAAACAGUUCAAGUAGCUCUAGCAGCGGUUCAAGUUCCUCCUCUAGUGAUUCUGAUAGUGAUAGUUCCUCAGGAUAUGGUUCUGAUGCAGCACAUUCACCACAAACAUGACGCUCAUAUAAUGCAGGGCAUUUGCAAGAUGUAUCUUAUCUGUACCACUGAUAAUUCUUUGCCACGAUUUUACUCUUGUCUAGAGAAUUCCCAUCCCAUUGAAGCUUAAGCUUUUCCGCAUGAAAUCAGUCUGUGUUCGUGUGCUCCGGCAAUGUUGAGAAUCAUCCGGGAAAGUUUACAACUUGAAAGCAAAUCAAAAAGGUAAAUAGUGACCUGGGUGCUUCAUUAUUACAUGAGUAUCAUCUACUCAGACAUGGUAAGUUGUGAUUUAUAGAUUUUUUAGGGAAGGGUUUGUUCCUCAUUCUUGUCAUGGGUAAACCUCCUACUGAUCUUGGAUUAAACCAUUUAUCUGGUAAAUUGCAUGGUUGUGGCUCAUGAAGAAGCUUCUGGUAAAACCUUCUGAAAUGCCUUGCGAUUGUAAUUUAUGUGAUGAAUAUCAAGGUAAAUCUCUUUCCAUUGUGUA